UUUUCAUUGUUGCAGAAAGACCGGAACAAAAUGGUCAACUAAAUUAUUUACUCAUUUUUAUUAACACGAAUCCCAAAACGGAACACAAAAAACUCAAAUCAGAAUUUUUAUACUGAGAAGUGACAAAAAAGAAAAAAAAUACAUAAAAUACUGUAUAAAACGUGCCGUUUCGCGCCUUUCCAUCCCUAGUCGGUAUUCGCGAAUUCUCCGGCUUCUCGUUUUUAUUCAUUUUGAAUCCUGCCAGUUUUGCGUACAAUUGGCCUCACCGCGGAUUAUAUUCUAUUGCUGGACAUUAGUGAAAAUCUGAUUGAAAAUGGAAGCUGCUCUUGUGGAAAUCAUUUGCGGACUCCUUUGCUCCGACAAUGAGAAAAUACGACAGUCCACUGCCGCCUUGGCGAAGGCCUACGAGAAUCCCGAGGCAUUACUGGGCUUCUGUAAGAUCAUAGUGUCGCCCAUGGAGACCCAGAUCCGUCAGUUCGCCGCCGUACUCCUCAACAAGCGACUGGGCAAGCUGCGACACUGGCAGGUCCUCAACGCUGAACAGCAGAACACAAUUAAGCAGAUCGUGCUCCAAGCUCUCGUCACAGAGAAGGAAAAGGGUGUGAAGAAUGCCAUCGCCCAGUUAAUUGGCAGUCUAGUGCGCCACGAGUCCGAUAAGCAGGACUCUUGGCUGUCAGAGCUCCUGAAGUUCAUCUUCGAUCGUUGCGUCAUGCCCGAUCCCAAGGAGAGCGAGCUGGGCUCCUCGAUAUUCGCCACUCUCACAGACUCUGCCCCCGAUCAGUUCGUGGCCCACAUGGACACCAUUUGCAUGAUCUUUGCCAGCGUUUUGGUGUCAGCGGAGAACAACGGUGACAUGACCACACCUACUGUUUGCAAUAUGCUGGCGGGCAUGAACUACCUGAUGCCUUUCGUGGCGGGGCAUACGACUGCGGAGAACACUGUGUCCAAAGUGCUGCCGCAGAUCCUUAAGUCUCUGCAUGCCUUUGCUUACAAGGGCGUUGUUCAGGAGUUCCUUACCGUGUUCGAUGUCCUGGACUGCAUUGCCGAGUACACACCCAAGCUGCUCAACAAUGUCAAGCCCGUACUGGACUUCUGCCUGGAGGUGGCCAACAACACGCAGCUGGAGGAUGCCAUUCGUGUUCAGGUCAUCGCCUUCAUUGGGCGCAUCGUGCGACUCAAGAAGAGAACUAUUUCCAAACAGAAGCUACUCGAGCCUGUCCUGGUCGUCAUUUUCAAUGUCAUGUGCUGUUCUCCCACUGGCGAUGACGACGAUGAUUACUUCGCGAACGACGGUGGAAGCAAUCCCGUUACUGCCUCCUCACAGACCCUAGAUAUUCUGGCUUUGCACAUGUCGCCGGAGAAGCUGAUUCCGCCGCUGCUGCAGAUCCUUGAAGAAGCCCUGCAGAAUCCGGAUCCGGUUCGUCGCCGUGCAGCCUUCCUCGCCAUGGCUGUCAUCGCCGAGGGAUGCUCGGAAGCCAUCACGCACAAGUAUCUGGAACCGAUGCUGAACAUCAUCAAGGGCGGUAUCAGCGAUCAGGAACCAUUGGUGCGCAACGCCGCCUUCUUUGCGUUAGGCCAGUUCUCGGAGCACUUACAACCGGAGAUUUCCAAGUAUGCUCCUCAGAUCCUUCCAGUUCUAUACGAUUAUCUCGGCCAGUUGGUCAAUGAAUUGAAGAUGGGCCAUCCCGAGUCGAAGUACACGGAUCGCAUGUUCUAUGCCCUGGAGACCUUUGUGGAGAACUUGGAGGACAAGAUUAAGCCAGACCUACCUAUACUGAUGGAGCGACUCUUCGAAGCCUUGGACGCCAAACACGCUCCCAGGGUCCGUGAACUGGCCUUGUCCACCGUAUCGGCAGUUGCCACUGCCGCCAAGGAGGACUUUAUGCCGUACUUCCCAAAGAUGAUAAGCGUCCUGCAGCUGUACAUGCUGUUGGAAAUUACUGACGAGUUGGAGCAGGUUCGCAUCCAAGCCAUGGAUACCCUGGCGGCGAUAGCGCGUGUCGUGGGAAAGCAGAACUUCCUGCCACUGGCCAACGACUCUAUGGGAUUCUGUCUGUCGAUUUUGGAAAACGGAGCCGAUGAUCCAGAUUUGCGCAGGGCUGUGUAUAACCUGAUGGGCGCUCUCUCGAUUGUGGCCAAUGAGGACAUGGCCACUGUUUAUCCAAAGAUUAUGGACCGCAUUGUGGAGUCAGUCAUAUCCAGCGAAGAUGUUCUGCCCAGUGUAGGAAGCGCUGAGGACAAUGACCCGAACAUUGAGAUCAAUCUGGAGGAGGAAUCUGAGGGAGAGGAGGAUGAAUCGGAACUGGAGGGUUUCCAGGUGGAGAACGAUUAUCUGAUAGAGAAAGAGGAGGCCAUCCUGGCGCUCAAGGAGUUCGCUGCCAACAGUGGCACUGCUUUCGCUCCAUAUCUUCAGUCGGCGUUCGAGAACGUGUACAAGGUUAUUGACCAUCCCCACGACUCUAUUCGCCGUGCUUCCGUGGAGACGAUUGCAGAGUUCGUGAAGUCGCUCCAUAAGAUUGGGGAUACAGAUGGAGUGUCUCGCGCCAGCCUGAUUGUUAUACCAAAGUUUGCGCAAAUGGUUCGCAGCGACGAAGAGCAGGGCGUGGUCCUUGUAGUGCUCGACGCCCUCGGUGAUCUGUUCAAGGAAGUUAAGGGUCCGGCUGUCCCAACCGCCGAAAUCGGAGAGCUUAUGUGUGGAUUAAUCAAGGAUCUGUUGAACAACAAGAUGGCCUGCCAGUUCAGUGAGCCGGGCGGUGCUGGAGGCGGUGACGAAGAGGAUGCCGACGACAGCGAGUACGAUGACGCGGUCAUUGAGAAUGCCGCUAACUUGCUCCCUCUUUUGGGCCAUGCUCUUGAGCCCAAGGACUUCUCACUAUUCUUUGGCAGGCUUUACCCGUUCUACAUCCAAAAAAUGUCCAAGAAGCACAGCAACACGGAGAUUCGGUCUUUCCUUUUCGGCACCUUGGCCGACUGCUUCCAGAGCCUGGGCAUCUGGAGCGUCAGCUACUUCGACACAAUGCGCCAAUUAUUUAUGAGUGGCAUCACUGACUCCGAUCCCAGAACUCGCCAAAAUGCAUACUAUGGUCUAGGAGAGCUUGUCUUGAAUUCUGAACAAAAAUCUUAUGAAUCAUAUCCGGCUAUCUUGCAAGCUCUUUCUGAUGCCAUUGCCAAAGAGAAGGAUCCAUCAGCUCUGGACAACAUUUGCGGGGCUGUGGCCCGUCUCAUCAUAACCAAUUUGGAAGGAGUGCCUCUGACUCACGUUCUGCCAGUGUUCAUGUCGAACUUGCCGCUGCGCGAGGAUACGGAGGAGAAUGACUCGGUGCAGAAGGCGUUCCGCGUACUCUUCAUGAAGUCUCGACCUAUCAUUGAGCCAUAUCUGGAGCAGAUGCUGGCCCUCACCAUUCAAAUGCUCUACAAGAAGGAACUAACCGAUGUCGAGAGAACCGAAAAUAGUAUAACCUUUGUCAAGGAGGUGGGCAAAUGUUAUCCGGACAAGUUCAGCAAUGUGUCGAAUUCAAGCCCAGAAGUUUUUCAAUUCGUGCAGUCCUUGUAAGCGGCAACACAUACGAAAUACGAAAUAAUUUUAUAUUCACCGAUAGAAGUCGACACCCGAAUUCACGUCACACGUCAUAGUAAAUUAGUUAAUCCCAGCAUACCUUUGCCCGCAGAAUCUGCUUUAUUUGGUGAGGCGAAUCGCUAUUGGAUUCAAGUUCCGACGAGGUUCAAAAUUCCAGUUAUUUCGUUUAAGAACCAUUCGAAAAUUACAAGGAUGUCUGUUAUCUUUGAGAUUUUGUCAUGAGAUGAUCUGUUGAAAUUUAAAGUUGAAGUUUAUUUAUACAAUGCCCGUCAUGCA